CUGUCUGCACGACUGAACUCUAUCGUCACUUCCGGUUCCGGUAAAGUGACAGGCCCGGGGCUGGAGGAAGCCUUUUCAGUAGACAUCGGGACCGGGAGAUGAAAUGACAACAUCAACCCUGCAGAAAGCCAUUGAUCUGGUGACCAAAGCCACAGAGGAGGACAAGAAUAAGAACUAUGAGGAGGCUCUGAGGUUAUACCAGCAUGCCGUGGAGUAUUUCCUGCACGCCAUCAAGUAUGAAGCUCACAGUGACAAGGCGAAGGAAAGUAUCCGAGCCAAGUGCAUGCAGUACCUGGACCGAGCGGAAAAGCUCAAGGACUACCUGAAAACUAAGGACAAGCAGGGCAAGAAACCUGUCAAGGAGUCCCAGAAUGAGAAGGGCAGUGAUAGCGACAGCGAGGGCGAAAACCCGGAGAAGAAGAAGCUUCAGGAGCAGCUGAUGGGUUUGAGAAGCGAAUUUACAUCCCGCUACCGGAGGAGGCGGCCAGAGCUCAGGUGUUCCGCCUCCACCUGGGGAACACCCCCCACAGCCUCAGCGAGGUGAAUAUUCGUGAGUUGGCGCAGAAAACAGACGGCUACUCGGGGGCGGAUAUCAGCGUCAUCGUGCGCGACGCAUUAAUGCAGCCGGUGCGCAAAGUGCAGUCCGCCACCCACUUCAAGAAGGUACGGGGCCCGUCUCGUACUAACCCCGGGGCCACUGUGGACGACCUGCUCACGCCGUGUUCCCCUGGAGACCCCGGAGCCAUUGAGAUGACCUGGAUGGAGGUGCAAGGAGAUAAACUCCUGGAGCCCAUCGUCUGCAUGUCCGACAUGCUGCGAUCUUUGGUUACGACUCGGCCCACCGUGAAUUCUGAGGAUCUGCUAAAAGUGAAGAAAUUUACAGAAGACUUUGGGCAGGAAGGAUGAACCCCAUUGGGCACCAUGAGGGGGAGGGGCAUCAUGUUUGCUUGCUUGUCUCUAAGUGCCCCCACCGGUAACAUGGCAGGAAGAUAUCGGCCCCUCCCCCUUAUCCAGGACUCCUCGUGUCCCCUGUGGCCCCGCACUGCCUGGGGGGGGCUCCGCUCUCCUUCCACAAGAUUCUGAGGUUUACAUUCAUUUGCCAUCAGUUACCAAAUCAUAUGACUGCCUUCCCUUCCCCCUCCCAACCUGCAGGGGGAGCCCCUCUUUUCCCAACUGACUUCUGAUUGACUGUAAUGCCCCCCAAUCCCUUCCAUGUCCUCCGGGAGCAUCGAUUGGGUGGCUUCGAUGUCUCCCCGCCCCCCCCAAUCCCUGCGCAAUACUGGAGAUGAGUGUUCCGCUGUGUAAAUAUAUCUUAUUUCAGUUCA